AUGCUUUCGGCUUUGAACUUCCCUCAAAACUUUCUGAUAUUCCAGCUGGUCCAUGCAGUAUGCAUGGCGGCAGGCCGGGUCCCCUUGGGCUCUAAGGGAGCUCGGUACCUGGAUGUAUCUGCAACAGAAAAUGGCAUUCUCUGUCUUGGUCUUUCUUCUUCCACUCCAUUUAGCUCCUUUGUCGUAUGGCUGAUGAUGCCAUGCCUCACUGAUGUGUGGAAGCUAAAUUUUAAUGAUGCCGCUGCAAUCGUCAAUGUUUGGAGGGGACUGAUGUCGAUGCUGCCGAUUUGCAUGUUAUAUAUUGCUGAUACCGUGACCGUAAUAAAUGACAAAGGUUGUCCCGUCCAGGGGUUCGGACUAUUGGCAAUGUCGACACCGCCGGUUUUUACAAAGGAAACUGGCAGUUGUGCUGCGUACCAGCCGGACUCUCUUAUAUCAAUGGGCUAUAUAAAACCAUGGUCCUUUAAGUUUGGGAUUCCGGCUAUAAGCACAACAGCAGCAACCUUGAUCUUUGAUGCCGGUCGGCUAUAUGAGAGAGUGAAACGUUCUGAUGAUUGUACUUUUUUUCUGGACCACACCAACGAUCUCCGUUUUCUGGACAAAGCCGCCACAUUUGUGCCAAACCAACACUCGGAUCGACAAAAAAGAAACAGGUGGAGACUUUGUAGAGUAACAGAAGUUGAAGAAACAAAGCUUGUCAUCCGCUCAAUUGGUAUGUGUUCAUUCUUCAUCAUCUGCGGGCUCGUAUCCGCCAUCGGCCACACUUAUUUCAUCUCUCAAGAAAACCACUUGAAGCGCAAGAAGUUCCCUCUUCUACUUCUUCCUUACAUAUGUGACAUGUCGAAGUCGGACUACAGUAAUUUGUACUCAAGUUUUGGAUCGUCGAGCAAGUAUCAUCCACCGAUCGGCAUCGGUAUUUCCAUGAUUUUAGCCAUAAUUUGUUGUAUAGUUGCUUCAAAAGUCGAGACUAAGAGAUUAAACGAGGUCGCGAGACAUGGUUUAUUUGACAAGCCUGAUGCUGAAAUUCCUCUGUCCAUUGCUCAUUUGAUACCUCAGUUUGCGUUACUCGGAGCCCUCGAUGGAAUUUUCGAACUAAGCGUAGUGAGUUUCGUCAAAAACCAGGUCCCUACCACCAUGAGUCCAUACCUGACUUGGUUAAGCGAGGGCAUCCGUGGAGUAGGGACAGUCAGCAGUGUUCCAUCAGUGUUCGUGGUCGGAAAGUUAAGCCAAUCAGAUGGGAAACCGAGUUGUUUCCAGGACACCCUAAACAGGAGUCGUUUGGACAGUUAUUACCGGACAUUAGCUUUUCUAGUUUCAGUAAACCUUGUUUUCUAUAGUUUUGUGGCAUAUCGUUUCAAGUUCAGGGAUUCAUCGGAGUUCAAAAUCCCUGAAUAUUCACCCUAUCAAGAAACCGCAGAUGAAAUUAUGUAUGAAGAUCCUGAAGAUCUUCGUUCAAAUUUGGGUGGUUGA